CUACACAACUGUUAAUAUUAUUAAUAUUAAUAUGUUUAUUUACUACGAUAGUAUUUGUUUAAACAUUCUACUCAAAUUAAUUAGUUUUUCUUUAUUACAUUUGUAAUUUGUUGCGCUUCAAUUCGUCUCCUAGCAACGAAGUGAAGGCGUACGAUGUGAAAAUCGCAAGAAAAUCGUGCGGAAACACGUGUAGGAGAUCAUCCGCUGCAGUGUUUUGUUACCACUGUAGUUUAGUGUUUGACAAACCUCGCCUCGUACUCAACAAGAAUGCCACGUUCGUCCAAGCAGCUGUUGAACACCGGUAACCUAUUACCCUAGUUUUAAAAGCUGGUAAACGACCCGUUACACACCGUCUCAACCACUGAUCUGUCUCAACUUGCGAGUGCCAGUCGGCAGGCUCGCCAGCGGCCGCAGCGAUGAAGAAGCGACUGUUCGUGGGGAACCUUUCGUCGACUGUGAAGCAGGAUGAACUUCGCGAAAAGUUCGAGCGGUUCGGGCACGUGGAGAACGUCGAGGUGCACACCAAGCGGGACGAGUGCGGGAACCCGUUCAAGACGUUCGCCUACCUCGACAUGGAGCUGGGCCAGGAGAACCUCGUCAGCUGCAUCAAGACCUACCACGGUGCCAAAUGGAAAGGCAGCGAGAUGUUGGUGCAGGUUGCAAAGGAGAGCUACAUCCAGAGGAUCCAACGAGAAGCCAAGAGCCUGCAACAGAAGAAAGAAGAAAGCAGUGCAGCAACUCUGUCCCAGCAUUGUCAGGCCAACGACUCUGGGAUUGUCCACCCAGUCCGUGUGAAGGUCGAGAACAUCGAAGAGAAGUUCAGAAGACUGGCCGGUGAGCCCGAACGUGUCGCCAAACCCAUGCCACCCGGUGCCAAAAAGAGGCUGGCAGCAAGUUCUGCGACAGAUUUUGCGAAGGCAAAGGCGUCGCUUUUCGAAGACGACGAGGCUGCACACACGCCUCCGUCUUCCGGGGUCGGAGGGCUGCGCCGGACGCCGGACGCGUCGGCGUCUCGCGACGAAGUUGGGCCCGACGGAGGUGACGGGAACCCCCGGGGCUGGUCCUCGGGGGGCGUGGUGAGCUUCUGGGAGGCCUCCAGCCGGCCGAGCGGGGAAGAGAAGCACCAGGCGGACAACGCCAAGCGCCUGGCGUCUCUGGAGCGGCGGGUGGCCCAGGCCAGGUCUCAGAAGGAGCUCCUCAGGUCUGCCCUCACUUCGGUGGAUGCCGCGGCUCAGAAGAACAACCGGAAGACCUUGUUUGAGGACAGUGAUGAGGAAGAGGGAAAUCGCCACCGGACGACAGGGCCGUCGGCGGCGGCACGCACGCCUCCCCUCACCAAGUUCUCCCUGUUUGAAGAGGACUCUGGAGAAGAGCCGGCAGAUGAGGUGGAGCAGCUCGAGAGGGACUUCCGUCUCAGACCACACUUUGAGGGCAAGAAGGGACAGAAGGUGCUGGCCCUCCAAUCAAGGAUUGGAACGGACGAGAGGUUCAGGCUGAACGAACGCUUUCUAGAGAGUGACGAGGAUGGUGACGACUCUCACGACGAAGAAGUCAACUCUGCGGAGGUGGGUGAUGAGCGAUCCCGGAACCUGAACAUCUUGCGGGACGUUCUGGGCGGCCAGUUGGGGGAGGGACCCAAGACUCGUCCGAAACCAGUCUUCAAGGACACGUCUCGGCUGCGCUUCGACCCGGCGAAAGAGGCGUCUUCCAAGUUUGUGGUCAAGUCGGAUGCCUUGCCAAAGCCCAAGAAGAAGAAAGGGGCGGAGCAGGUGCCCGAGACGGCUCCGCCCCCCGAGGUGUCCGGAGAGCAGUUCUACGAGGUGAGCGGCGCCCUCAAAAGCGCCCUGGACGUGGGACGGGCCCAGGGGGCGGAAGGGUUCAGCUUCUCCCACCUGUUCGAGCGGAAGCUGGGAAACGGCGUAAUCGACCCUUUUGCGGAGAACGAAAGGGCGAAGGGCAUGGAAGAGGAGGAGUACAGAGACACCGUGAAGUCUGUGGACAAGUCCAGACUCAAGGUAAAUCCGUGGGAGCAAACGCCCUUUGAGCACGACUCUUCGGAAGAGGAGGAAGACGGCGUCGGCACGGAGGGAGCGGCAUUUGCGGCAAAGGCGGGCAGGCAGCCACUACCUCAGAGCAAUGAUGCAGUGAUCAAGGAGGUGGACGACGAGCGGUUUGCCACAGAAGUGGAUCGGCCGCUCUUUUUUUUUGUUCCCGGAGAUCGGAGGCUGCUCGAAGGCGCCCGGUUCUUCCGCUGCCGCAGCGACCCGGACACCAUCCGAGAGAACUGGCAGGCCACCAAGGCAAAGCUGCUACCUAUAAUGAUGUCAAAGCGGAAGUUGGCAAGGAGGGCAGCAGAACGCAAAUUUGGCAAGAAGAAAGCAAACUGGAGACUUGGGAAACUCAAAAAGAAAUGAACCUUUUAUUGCUGGAACCGGUUGUUCAUUGCACACUCCAUUCAUUGUCCGAGGAGCCUGGUUAAAUAAAGUGCACAUGGGUGCAGUGCCGAUUAUUUUUACACAAA